CUCGCGUGUGAUGUGUUUGUUUAUUCUCAGUGUUUUUCUCUCUUGAGUGUUUUAUUGAGUGUAAACAGAGUCUUGUCUCUGUGUAUUUAAGUGUUGAUGAUGGAUGUGAUGUGCUGUAAAUCAGUAGGAACUGAUCUGUCCAUGCUGGAUAUUGAUGAUUUCAUCACAGAAAUCUCUCAGCUGAAGAAAGAGGUGGCGUUACUGGAGACAAAGCUUAGGUUAAGAGGAGAUGAAGGACUGAAGAGAGAGGACUCCGAGCUCAGUCUGACUUUACUCUGUUAUACUGAGUCAAAGCCCACAGACGCUCAGGACACUACAGUGUGUGACAGUAAUCAGGGCUUACAGGAUGAGGAAUCUACUGAUCAAACCUCCACAGAGUCUCUGGAUUCUGUCUGGAACGCUGGAGAACAGCAGCAGAUCCUGCAGACCAAACCCAAGAUGUGUUCAGUCAAACCCAUGGACUGCUCGAACCUCAUGAUGGAGAUAAAAACUGAACCCACAGAAAUAAAAACUGAAUCCACAGCAGAUGAAUAUGAAGACAAACACAAUGAUGGUCAUGAUUUUAUUCUUUCAGAUGUGAGGAGUGAAUUAUGUUUGAAUGGAGAAAUAACGUCCUCGACUCUUUCCUGCAUCACCGGUGGAGAGACAUUGAGCUCACAGAGACAUUUAGAGAGAAAACACAAAGAACAGACACUCUUCACCGGCAGCAGAUCUAAGAUCAGCUUUACUACCUUAAAAGAGAAGAAACUUCAUUCACAAGUGCACAGAGAGAAGAAGAAGAAGUUUCACUGUCAGCAAUGUGGGAAGAAUUUUGUCUUCUUAUCUCAGCUAAAAGUUCACAUGUGGACACAUAAGCCUUUCUACUGCACUGAAUGUGGCAAAUAUUUCAGCACCAAUCAAAAUCUUGUUGCUCAUAAGAGAAUUCACACAAGAGAAAAACCAUACAAGUGUCCUCACUGUGAGAUGAGAUUUAUCUGCAAACAUAAUCUGAAGGCACAUAUGCUUUUACACACCAAUGAGAGACCGUAUCAGUGCAGUCAAUGUGGAAAAACCUUUAAGAAUUCAGGUUCAUUAAAAUCCCAUCAGAAUAUUCACUCUGAGAAAAAACUCUUUCAAUGUUCACAAUGUGAUAAAUGUUUCUGUUAUAAAUCUAAUCUGAUAGUCCAUGAGAGAAUUCACACUAGAGAAAAACAUCAUCACUGUAAUGUUUGUGGGAAGAGUUUUCAUCAACGUGGCAGUUUAUUGUCACACCAGAGAAUUCAUACAGGUGAAAGACCUUACAAAUGCUCUCAGUGUAAUAAGACGUUUGCUCAUUCAGCUUCCUUUAAAGCCCAUCAGAGACUUCACCCUGGAGAGAAACCUCAUCGCUGCUUGAUUUGUGGAGAGAGAUUCACUACUCGAUCUGAAGUCAUAGUUCAUGAGAGAGUUCACACUGGAGAGAAACCACAUCACUGUAAUGUUUGUGGGAAGAGUUUCAGUCGACGUGGCGGUUUAGUGUCACACCAGAGAACUCAUACAGGUGAAAGACCUUACAAAUGCUCUACGUGUGAGAAGACGUUUGCUCAAUUAGGUGGCCUGAGGACUCAUCAGAGACUUCAUACGGGAGAGAAACCUUACCUCUGCAGUGUUUGUGGGAAGAGUUUUAAUGAAAGUGAAAGUUUAGUGAGACAUCAGAGAACUCAUACAGGUGAAAAACCUUUCAAAUGCUCUCAGUGUGAGAAGACGUUUGCUCAUUUAACUUCCUUAAAAGCCCAUCAGAGACUUCACACUGGAGAGAGACCUUACGUCUGCUCGAUUUGUGGAAAGAGCUUCGUUACUUCAUCUCAAGUCAGAGUUCAUGAGAAAGUUCAUACUGGAGAGAAACCUCAUCACUGUAAUGUCUGUGGGAAGAGUUUCAGUCGACAUGACAAUUUAGUGCAACACCAGAAAAUUCAUGCACGUGAAAAAUCUUACAAAUGUGCUCAGUCAGCUUCCUUAAAGGGGUCAUAGUGUGAAAAUCUGACUUUCUCCAUGUUUAAGUCCUUUAAUUAAGUCCCCAGUGGUUUAGUCAACCUAAAAUAUGUGAAAAAGAUCAACCCAGUAACUUUGUUUUUGUAAUCUAUUCUCUGCAAGCAUCUGAAAAAUAAUGUCAUUCAGAUUUCCCCGUUUUGUGAUGUAGGUAGCGAGUCUUAUUACAAUAAUACCGCCCCUUUAUCUGCACUAUCCAACUAUUGAUGAGCUGCUCCCCACCCACUCCCCACAGCAAUUUCUGACAAAUACUUGCAUGCUCAAAGUCUAGUGUGACCGCGGCUUUAGUUUAGUACUAUGUUGAUACCCGGCAUGCAUUGCAGCGUGAAACUUUCUUUUGUUGACCAUCACGAUUGAUGAGUUUCAGAAACUGAUUCAUAAUGUCUGUGUUUGACUCAGUAGGUGAAACUAAUUUAAUGUUUUUUUUAUAAUUCUGAAAAUAGUAGAUGUCACACAGCAGGGCUCCAGACUAACUUUUUUCACUAGGAGCACAGUGGCCCCCAACUGAAAAUUUUAGGGGCGCAACCAGAAAAUUUAGGGGCACACACCGUAAAUCAACAUGCUAACCAAAUAUUCACAUUUCUACUAAUUUCCACUCUAUUACUAAUAAAUACUUUAAUGAUAGAUGCAGAAAGUACAAUGUGCUGUUUCAAACUCAGUGUCACAUUUUAUUAUGCACUUUUGGAAAAAAAGGUAAAAUUUACUGGUUGCACAUGUGCGACUGGAUGUAAAAUUCAGUGGCACACUCAAAUUUUAGGGGCAAAAUGCCACCAUUUGGGGGCAGUCUGGAGCCAUGCACAGAUUCUAUCUACCAUUGUAAUAUCACCCAAUUUUUAUUCAUUAUAAACCCAGCAUACACACAAGAACUAGUGAUGGCCAGAUAAAGCGUUUCAAAGCAUUAUUGCUUUUAGAUACAAUUGAGUUGAAAAAGUUUUUUGAAUCAAAGCUUCAUUCAAACAGAAAAUGCACAGCACCAUCUGCUAGCAAAAGGAAAUGUUAAGCAACAAAGCUGACAACCAUUAAAUCCAAUAAUGUUACCGUCCCAUUUAGGCGGUCAAAGCUUUGACACCGUGUUCAUGGAUUCAAACCCAUUCAUGUAAAUUUCACAGAUUCUUAUGUAUUCACCUUGAUAAUAAAACGUGUGUGUGUGUGUGUGUGAAUAUUAAGCUGUACUCUG